AUGACUUCUGAUACCAAGGAAUGUGUUUCGGUCCGAACAAGUUCUCCUUCUUUAGUACACCAAGUUCUUAGUGAUAUAGACCUUCCAACUCGUUUCAUCGAGUCUAGAAGAGACAGGAAAAUAACUGAUAGUUACAAUUUGGUCCCGCUUUCCCACCACGAGAUCAUCGUGGAAUUUCACGAAGGAGCCUCGGCAAACCCACCCAACUGGAAUCUUAAAAAGAAACUUUACAAUGCUGUGGUAGCGCUUUUCAUCGUGAUUAAUAGCGGCAUCUCAACCGCACUGCCAAGUAAUGCUAUUCCUGAAAUCAUGCAGGAUUUAGAAAAGACUGGAGAUGAGCUAAAAGUUUUGCCAACUGCAGUCUAUCUACUAGGCUACGUAGUUGGAUCCAUGAUUUUUAGUACCUUGAGCGAGACAAUGGGGCGAAAACCUAUUCUUGUUGGGUCCUUUACUCUCUUUGUGCUGUCAACGCUUGGAUGUGCCUUCGCACCGAACUGGUGGUGUUUUCUGAUUCUUCGAGCUAUCUGUGGUAUUGCCGGUGCUGCUCCUCAAACUGUGGUUGGAGGCCUGUAUGCUGAUCUGUUUUCUGAUGCACGGACUCGAGGUCGGGCCAUGGUGACAUAUAUGUCGGCGUCAAGUUUUGGUCCUAUUCUAGGGGCCAUUAUCUCCGGAUGCUCUGUUAAAUAUGGCUGGCGAUGGGUGUUUCGUAUUAGCUUCAUCGUGGCAGGGGUGACUUGGGUUGCUCUUCUCUUCACUUCCGAAACCUUUGUACCCGUUCUUCUGAAGCGGCAAGCUUCAAAAAUGAGAAAAGAAGAAGGAUGCAAUCUGUAUUUCUCACGGAACGAGUUAGAGUCGGGUUCCGCCUUUACAAGAACUCAGACUAUAACCCGCCCCAUCGCAAUGCUUGUCUAUGAGCCCAUCAUUCUUUCCACAACAGUCUAUAUUGCUAUUGCUUACAGUUUGGUAUUUUUUUACUUUCAGGCUUACCCAAUCAUCUUUGAAGGAACAUUCAAUCUUGAUAUUGAGACGACCUCUCUCACAUACAUACCAAUUGGUAUCGGCGCAUCAUUGUCUGGACUUGUGACACUUGCCUACGACAUCUUCUACGAGAGGAACAAGAAGCGAGGCAAGAAUUGGACUUCUAGUCCGGAGCUGCAUCGGCUUCCCCUCUCCUGCUUCUCUGGCCCAUGCCUUACACUCAGUAUUUUCUGGCUGGCAUGGACAGCAAAGUCAAGCAUUCAUUGGGCAGUACCCAUGGCCUCGGGCCUAGUCUUCGGAUUUGGCAACCAGAUAAUCUUCACUUCACUGCUGACAUAUGUCGCCGACGCAUACAAGAUUUAUUCUGCCAGUGCACUGGCAGCUUCAGUGGCUAUUCGGAGUAUUGUCGGAGCCUUAUUGCCUUUCGCCGCGAACCCGCUCUAUAAAUCACUUGGUGUUUCGUGGGCGACAUCUAUUCUAGGAUUUCUAAGUUUCGCAUGCAUCCCUAUUCCAUUUCUUUUGUUGUAUUUUGGCCCGUUGAUUCGAGAGAGAAGUCCACUUUGUCAGCGACUUGUCGCGCAGUGA